UCCUCAACUAGCCGAGGAUCAGCUCUGGUGAACUGGCAGGAAGAAGAGACAAUGGAUGGCAGGACUGGCCCUGAGCAGGAGAGAGACUGUGCUACUUCAGGGCACAGCCAGCAGCUGAAGUUGGAGCCCUGCUUCCAGAGUGACUCUCUCUUGCCUUCCCUCAGCACACCCCUGAUAUCGCAGCUUCUCAGCCACCCGAUACUUGGCAGGAGCCUGGAUCCCACCGUCCUUUUCCCCUCCUCUCAGGCAGUGACCCUGCCUCAGGAAUACGAGUGUGGCGCAUCUCCUGGAGAAGGAGCACAAACCCUGGCUUUCCCCAGGACCUGUGCGCCAGCUCCCAUGCCCUGUGCCAGCGACAGGGACCAGCUCUCUGACCAGCACCUAUGGGACCAGAUCUCUGACCAGCACCUACAAGCCAAGCGGGCCAGGGUGGAGAGCAUCAUCCAAGGCAUGAGCCUCCCACCAACCCCUCAGGCAUUUGGCACUAGCCUCGAGGCAGCUUUUCAGCAGGAGAGGGAGAGUGGUAGUGAGCUGCCCUGGGAGAGCAAGAGGAAGCCAAGGGUGUCCCAGCAGGGUGCAGGGGCAGCCAAGCGAGUGGCCUCCUCGGGGGGCAGCGCCCAUGCUGAGGGCUGCCAGCAGCUGAAGGAGCAGCUCUGCUUCUUGGAGCAGCAGCUGAGAAGGCUUCAGGAGAAGUUCUCCCAGGUCUGUGACUCUGCGGACACUGCCCAAACCCAGGAAGGUUCCAAGAAAGCGCAUCCAUUGCCUGGAAAUCCUGGAGACAGACUGGACAAGGACAGUGCCACCGCCACCAGUGACCCAUGCAAAGCGCCUCUUUGGAGGAGCAUCCUGGAGGCGCAGGGGCCAGAGAAGGAUGAGGACAGAGAUGACACAGGUGGCCUGCCCUCUGCAGCAAGGGCUCUAUCACAGGCACUGAAGAAUGAACUGGCUGAGACAAUGUCCCGGGUAGUGGACUCUGUUCUGCAGACUGCCUGGCCAAAGGCAGCCAGCCACUUACUGCAGCAGCACCGCAGACUCCCAGUGCCAGGGUCAGAUGCCAGGAGAGAGCAUUUUGCUCCUGCGAGAUGCAGGAAGCCACUUGCUAAACCAUCUCUCAGAAACAUACCAGGCGCGCUGGGCUCACCCGAGGCUGAGGCCCCAUCAGGAGCUCCAGCGAAGAGCCUGGGCUCACACACUGGCUCCUUCAGUUCAAAAGGGGUGAGAAAAAACCCUCGGGCUCCCAGCAUGAGCUAUCCACUGGGCUUGGCUGCCCCCAUCCAGGACAGCCAGCUGCUGAGCCAGCUGCUGGGCUAUGGCCAGCAUGGCCUCUGGAGAAGCGGCUCUCAUGGGAGCCCCUCUUCUCUGGAAAGGGGUCCUCUGGAGCCCCUCAACCUGCACUGGGGAACUGUCAAACUGAGGUCAUCGGUCAUGAGACGGCAGCAGCCCCUGAGCCCUGCUGGCAUGGAGGGCCUGGCACUGCUGCCGGCUGGCAGGGAUGGCCGUAGAGAGCUGCAGGCUGCGGUGGACAGGGCACCCUUCAUCUCCACACAUAUACAGGAGGCGCUGACCCCUGGCCACCUGAAGAAGGCCAAGCUGAUGUUUUUCUUCACCCGCUACCCCAGCUCCAGUCUGCUGAAGACCUACUUCCUCGAUGUGCAGUUCAGCCGCUGCAUCACCUCCCAGCUCAUCAAGUGGUUCAGCAACUUCCGUGAGUUUUACUACAUCCAGGUGGAGAAGUCCGCCCGGCAGGCGCUGCUGGAGGGUGUUGUGGAUGCUGGCACCCUCCAGGUCUCCCGGGACUCGGAGCUUUUCCGCACCCUCAACAUGCACUAUAACAAGGGGAAUGACUUUGAGGUGCCAGGGCGGUUCCUGGAGGUGGCCAGCCUGACGCUGCAGGAGUUCUUCAGUGCCGUCAAGGCGGGCAAGGAUGCCGACCCCUCCUGGAAGAAACCCAUUUACAAAAUCAUUUCCAAACUGGACAGCAACAUCCCGGAAGGGUUCAAGGCUGUCAGAUGCUCCCAGGAACUGCUCUGCAGCUGAGUCUCUGUGACACACAGCAGCCCUGGGUCCUGUGUGCAGCCAUCAUGUGCUAAGUACUUCAUGGGUGCUCUGUUAUUCUGAGUGUUUUCUCUCUGGCCUGGCAGACAGCUCCCUGGGUGAGCAGUGUCGCUUGCCUCGGGUGUUGGGAUUUUAUGCUGUGUGUUUUAUUCCUGUGCUCAAAACUGGUAAGGUCUUGCCAGAGACCUCGGAGGGGAGGGACAGAGGUGAAGCGAUGGAGUUAGAGCCUGGGAAAUUACUUUCCUGUAGCUCUGCCCCUGCCCCUAGGCCAGCUGCCUUCCUUCUCUUGUCCAGAGGGCCACAGGUCAGGGCAAACAGCCUGUUUAUGAAGCAGGCAGGUUUUAUACUGGGCAAAGUUUUCUUGGCACAGCAGGCCAGUGGAUGUGCUCAGUCCAACAGCAUGCCUCAGUUUCUGUCCAGAUACAGCACACCGGUGUCCAAAGAAAACAGCUGGUGAAUUCUAGCAUUUCAAGCACUUCGUGGGGAUAGCUGACCCUGUCUGGGAGAUGUAAAAACAGUGAUGUUUGUUUUUGUAGCCAGCAUGAACAACACUCCCCCUGCCUCCCUUGUGCUGUUUGGCAAGAGCCCCCCAUGCAGCUGCAUUCUGCAACCAAGCAGGUGAGCGUGUGCUGGUGGAAGCAGCCCAGGAGGGACCACUCACCAUCAGUACUAUCUGUGAUGCUGGAGAAGAGCAGGGUGCACAACCAGCCCCCAUCAGCCCAUCACCUGAGAGGAGAGCAUCAUGUUAAACUCCACCUGCCUCCUCUUACACCAUGCUUCUGCUGGCAAAAUUGCCCCAAACAUCUCGGCCCUGCAACCUGCCCUUGGUGAAAGAGGAGCACAUCAUUUGGGACCUCUCAGUCCCUGUGGGUUUUAACAUAAGUUGGUGAGGAGCUGAGCCCUGAGGUCUGCAGCCCCACUGUGGUAGGGGUAUAAACCUAAGGAGAUUUCUUUUCCCUGUGACCAGGACUUGGUGACCCGUUUUCACCCGGAUGGAGCAUAACAGAACACUGUGUGUUGAGGGUUCUCUUGUCAUGGGAGAAGUGGUGGUGAGGGGGAAAGUCUGUGAAGAGGAGGGAGGUACCGGGAGAGGCAUGGUAGGAGGGCUCUGGGAGGGCAGUGAUGCCUGUGUUCAUUUCUUGAGGUUUGUAUAUUUUACAACCCUAAAACCAAAUUUACUGGAUCCAUUUUAAAAUAAAGAAUUACUCCUUUGUAUCUAUACGGACCUCUGAAAACUUCUGCUCUGAAGCAUUAUGCUGGGAAUUUCUUACCUUUCAUUGUGAAAAGAAUCACACUGCAGCUAAAGGGCUUACACCUUCUGCCACAUCCCUGUGGAGCUGAGCAGCUCCCUCUAACCGAUGGUCUGGUUUAAACCUAAUGCCAGUGC